AUGAACACCAACAUCAGCACCGACAAGAAGCCCAAGAUACUCAGGGCCUGCGAUGGCUGUCGGAAGAGGAAGGCUAGGUGCGAUGGACCGCAGCGCUAUCCGCUUCCGUGCAGCAACUGCAGAAACGAGGAUUGCACCUACGAAAAUCCAGCAGAGAAAAAAGGAUACUCAGUGCACUACGUAAGGGAUCUUGAGGCCAAGGUACGGCGCUACGAAUCGAUAUUAGCCCAGCUGUCUUCCGAGUACACGGCAGAAGAUAGUCCGUCCAGCGACUACUCAACACAGCAGAAGCGCAAAUUCGAUGGCCCUAUAGCUUCCACAAGCUCCCGCCAACCGAACUUUGUUUCUCCCACAGACAACGAUAAACUGGACAAAGAAAUGGCACUCAAGAUUGGCUGUAUGUUUUUAGCGCCCGAAAGUGAACCUGGGAAGGUGACUGACGUUAGGCACCCUUUUAAUCGACGAUUCUACGGCAAAUCGUCCCUUAGAGGGCUCGUCGAGCGCGUAAAUCUUUACACGGGUGCCACACCCGACACUCUCCUUUCCGGAAAGAGGCGAGCGUAUUGGCGUGAAGACUGGGACAGGGAGCUACUUCCUCAAUUUACUAAACCGGAUUAUACCCACGAAGAUUUUGGUAAUGAGCAGUUAAUGUACGAGCUGGUCAAUAUGUACUUCAGGAAAGUGAAUAUGUCAUUACCCAUUCUUGAUCAAACUCACUUCGUUGCCCAAAUUCCUGCGCGUAAACUAGAGAGGGAGUUUGGCAGCCUUUUGAUGAUGGUUUGCGCAGUUGGAAGCCAGUACAUGAAAGCAGACGACGAGCGCGUGCUGCCCCCAGGUCGCCCUGAUCCCUUGUUCGCCGGGCACGCAUUUUUCGAGAUAGCCAAGACGAAGAUGAAAGAUUUCACCGUAUCAGUAGCAACAAUCGAGGACAUCCAAGCACUCAUCCUUCUCCAGACAUUCCUGAAAGCCAGUGUCUAUCCCAAGAGUAGCUUCAUCAUUCACGCAUACACCAUCAUGCACGCGCAAGAUAUAGGACUCCACUGUGAUUGGUUUUCAUAUACCGACGACUCACACCAACGAGAGGUUCGCAGGAGAACUAUAUGGGCACUAUUUUUGGCUGAUGUUGCUGCCGCAGCUGCCCUGGGCAGAAAUCAACUGUUGCCCGAUUUGUCUAUUGAAGUUGACCGCCCCUCGGCUGGCGGAUAUGGUGAGAACGACUACAAAAGCAGGUUAAGUGUCGUUUACAUGAACAAACUGAUUGACCUGUACAAGCUCCUCGCAAGCAUACUCGAAUCAAUAUACAGACUCAAGAAAGAUACAACUCAAGGUGACUUCAAAAUGAGUCUUUCAGACAUCGCCGCACUCAAUUCGCGUCUGAAUGAAUGGCUGAAUGAUAUGCCGACUGAGCUACGCGGCGACUCAGAAGAAGAUGAAGAAAUUGUUCAAUUGAGGAGUAAUAUAAAGUUGGGCUUUUUUGUCACUCAAAUUUUCGUCUACAAAACCUUCCUACCAAACCCGCAAUCCACUGAGGAGUCAAAUUUCAGACUUACGAGCUUGGUAAUUUGUGGCAAUGCAGCUAGGUCGAUUAUCUCUAUCUACAAGAAGCUGCUGCUCGACAAACCGAGCGAAUUUGGGAUAUGUCCAUACGAUAUUUCGAAUUGGAGUGCAUUCUCGGCGACAAUCGUACUCAUAAUCAGCUUUUGCGAAGGAAGAAAAAAGGGCAUAUUUAACAGCAACGAUCUCGAAUAUAUUCAUAUCGGUAUUAGUAAUCUACGCGCGCGGGAGUCAAAAGAUAUGCUUAGCGGGAGAGCAGUCGAUAUACUUUUGCAGACGGUACGGAGCGCUGACCUACCUAUGGACAAAGCGUUCAUGCGCACACAGGCAGACUUAUCGCGUGACACGGGCGGACUCAAAAGUGAGCAUUUUUCAGUGCCUGAGGUGCAAGAUGGCAGCGAAAUUUAUGAACAAGAGGCUAUCUACCAAAAUGAUCUAAACUUCUCAGAUAUGAUGCAGCAGAUGCAAGUUGAUAGCCUAGAUAGUAACUUCUUCGGGGAUGAAGAUUUGGACGGCAUUUUGCCAUCGCUGGACAGCACCUCAGGCGACCACUGGUCUGGGCUGCUGAGCACUAUGUUUAAUGGUAGUCAAUUUGUGUGA